AUGGGUCAAACCCCCGUCCUUGACCAAUUCCUUAGCAGUUUGCAGGAAUUGGUCCAGAAGCGCGAUGGUGCCAAAGUUCAGGACUUUCUUCAGCUCGAGCCCCCGCUCUCUGAAAUUUACCAGCGCAUGAUCGGUGAACUACGACAGCACUAUGGCCCGGGCUCCAAAACUGACGCCGAACUACUUCAACGAUGCGAGCCUCUCGUGCCGCGAUCCAAAGGUGGCUCAUGGACGGCGUUCCCGACUUUCGUCAAGCUCUACCUGAUCUUCCUGCGCGAUAUGAAUACUGACAACUUAUUGGAAACAUACAACCAACUGAAGGCGCUGCUCAAUCAAUGUGUACUCGCCCUCGGAGAUAGUCAAAUGGGUGUCGUCGUUCUUCCUACGGUUCUCUACUUGUCCAAAGUUCUGGCAAAAUUGGCAAUGGGCCUCGAUCGUCAGCCGGACCUGAUCGCGCAUAUUCGACGAAUGGAAGGUCUGGGGGAUCAGGAUGAGAGCAUUGAGAAGGUGACUUUGGUGGAGAAAUCGGCCAAUGUGGUGCGCGAAGCUUUCAUCAAGUGCCUCACUGAUCGCACCGGCACCCCCGGCCCUACUGGCAAGCCGGAGGGCAAGCGCAUCGGUAUCUAUCUCAUGGCUAAUCUCUGCCUGAAACUGCUUUUCCAGCGUGUCACCUACCUCUACUACCUCGGGCGAUACCUUUUCGCCAAUAACCUCUUCUUCCCCGCCCGCAUCGCUUUGCAGGCCGCCUAUGACCAAUGUCACCGCCAGGCCAUAAGCCAACGACACUUGAUCCUUUCAUACCUCAUUCCGUGCAACAUUAUCUUGGGCCGAUUCCCAUCCCGGGCUCUCCUCCAACGACCGGAGGCACAAGGAUUAGCAGCACACUUCCAGCCACUGUGCCAAUUGAUUGUCCGGGGAGAUUACCUGGCUUUCCGGAAACAUCUCUUAUUUGGCUCGCCGACCGCCCAAUGGUUUGCACGUAAAGGUAUUCUGUUUACCCUCCGAAAUCGAUGUGAGAUUCUCGUGUGGCGAUCUUUCGCACGCAAGGUUUUCAUGUAUGGAGGUUCUUAUGGAGGUCCACAGGCGCAGGCGCAGAAGGGACCUCCACCAGUCCUCAACCUUAAAAAGCUCGUUGUGGCUACCCGAUGGCUACAAACGCAGCAUGCAUCAUCCGGAAAUGGCCCGGCCAGUGCUGUGAUGAUGCCCCAUGUCUAUGGAUCACAAGUCGUUUCCGAACCUGCCGAUAUCGACUACGCUCGCCUGGAAGGGGCAGAUGGAAGGGCCAGCCCCGCCACCGAUCAAGAGAUCCUAGAAAAAUAUGGUGAUUUCUUGGCCCCGGAUGGAUUUUACACCGAGGAAGGGCGAUCACAGCCCAAUGUAUCAGGUCAAUUGGUGGAUGGAGACCCAGAAGAGAACUAUGACGACUGCGAACUGGAUCCAUAUGCGUACGACCUCGACGAUAGGACAGAGGCAGACAUAUCCAUUAUGCAAGAGAUUGAGUCGAUCUUUGCAUCUUUGAUUACACAAGGGCUGAUGGGCGGUUACCUUCUCCAUCGUGAGCCUCGAUUCGCCGUUCCUGGUGCCAAAAUCAAAGGGAUCUUACCUACAGGAUUCCCUAAUGUUUGGCAAACCAUCUCUGCCCGUGAAAGUCAUGAUUCCAGUGUUCCUGGUUGGGUACAGCCUCGGGCGCCUACGAUCGGAGCAGCUGGAGGUGGUAGGGUAGUCAAUCUUGCUGGAGCACGUCCAGUUGGUCUCCAAUAA